GGAGAUGUGCGGUAUUUGCUAAUUGUGCUCUGCUGUUGUGUAGAGCCGCUGGAGGAGAAGGACCUGCGUUCGCUGCUGGACAUGCUGAUCACCCAGAACCCGGGCCUGGCGACGCAGGUGCGCGACCUGGUCCCCAAGCCCACGGUCAACUCGGCGUGCAGCCAGCUGGUGCGUCUAGAGCGUCGCCUGCUGGCGGCAUUCCCGUACAACAAAUCCGGGCCCUUGGCCGACGACUACACAUACCACCGCGUCAAGCCAGCGCUCGAAGAGCUGCGCGACACCAUCGUAAUGUACCUCGAUCAUUUCACGCACUACGGCCUGGUCAGCAGCCGCAGCACCGCAGCUGCUCAGACAGACAACGUGCUGACGCACCCGGCCGAGUGGUUCGAUCUGCUGGCCCAGGCCACCGACAUCGCCAUGCGCAUGCCCAAGUGGGACCGCAAGGAGCACAACGAGAUCCGCCGCGACACGCUGCGUCUGCUGGCCGAUGGCUGGCUCAGGGCCAUCAUGGCCACGGCGCGGUGGUCCGAGGAGGGCCAUAUCAUGGGCAGAGACAUGGUGUCACAGUGGGGGUACCAGCUCGACCACUUUUACCAGAACUCGGGCGAGCCGUCGCUGUUCCAGCCGCCGAUGCAAGUGUUCCAGCAGAGCUUUGGCCAUUACUAUGGCCUGGUUACCCGGGGUGUCAGCAGCCAUCUGCCGGUCGAGACCACCCCGGUGCCAAGCCUCUGAGGAGACGGUCUCGCCUUGCUGACAGGCUUCUGCUUGACAACCUUAAAUGUGCUUUGUGCUUUGUGCUUUAGCCGACCUUUGUGAUGUAUCCUUGACACGAAAUAAAUCCCUGUUUGCCACCAG